GGUGACUCGCCGCCGGCCUACAACUCUGACGAGGAUGAGGACUACUCUCCAAACGUUGAGGGCGAUGGCAACUGGCGAGGCGAAAUGCGCGUGGGUGAGGAGUACCAGGCUGUUGUAACACCACAGCCACUCGCUUCUCAUUCGCCCGGCACAGACUCACAUUUGGGCUUUGAUUGCCGUCUUCUCUGGCGACCGGGUGUCCUUUCCAACGCCGAGGUCGAGCGAUAUGAACAGGCCUACUCGAAGACCCUCUCCAUGCCUGUGCCUUCUUCCCGAACUCCCGACGAUGACGAGGUCAGUUUUGCUUUGUAG